AGAUCAAUGGCUGCGAAAACGUACGAAGCUGGAUACAGUAAAUACUAUGGCGAUCGGUUAAAGAACGUUUCAAAAAGCACAUCAGAGGAGGAGAUUAGACAAUUGUAUCGUGAUUGGGCGAGCAGUUAUGACGAGGUAAUAAAGACAUUUAAAUUGAUUUAUUUUGUCGUGUAAAACCCGCAGAUAAAUAUAAAAGGUAGCUUAAGCAACGACGACGGCGACGGCAACAAAAACGGCAGAAACGCUAUAGGUUUGAUAAGCAAAAGAACAACUCUACCCGUGUAUCACAUUUUUUCAACUGAUUUCUUUGCCGUCAGUAAGAAUCAGUUCGUAGGGCAAGUCAUGAUGUUUUUACUUUGUAAAAGCAGCCUUUGGCUGUAACUUUUCUCCUGCAUUAGUUGAUGAUGUUAUGAUUAUUGUUAUGCACAUGUCAAUCUUAAGUUGUGGAGCACUUUUUCUCGGCCCUAGGCUGCCAAGACCACGCAAAGGUCCUCAAGUUACAAGAAGGAUGUUCAGUGUUAUUUUUUUAUCGCGGAACGUUUAUUGCUGUUGUUCCCCCGUAUACACCCUGGGGAAGUUGAGGGGAGACUUUGCAAGGGAGACUGGAAGGGAGUUCUAGACACGCAGCUUACAUUUGUCUUGGCGAAUGUUUUAGCCAGUUCAGAAAGAGCAAAUGCAGUUGUUUCAAUUAAAAUCUUAAAGGUUCCUAUGUUUAACUUAUAUGGACUUGAUAGUGACAUUUCUCGCUGUUUACUAUUGCACAUUUACUGCGGAUGCCAGAGACUUUUCAUGUGCGGUUUCCGGUUUCUGUUGAGUCUACAUAGUUACCCGAGCAAAAAGCCUGUGACGCCGAGGGUAUCACAUAUUUAAAUGAAAUAUUCGAAUAAAUAUAGUGAAAACAGACGAUGUACGCGUACUAUCCAUUUUACUGUUACUAUCCUAGUUUUUGCACUGUAUUUCUCGGAGAGGUUUCGCAAUUAUAAUUGACAAGCGCGUUUAAGACUGUAAAUUUUCCUUCAUUUUUCGUUGAUACUGUACUGUAGUUUUAAGCUACUUCUAAUUAGAGCAUCUCUUGCCUCUAAUUCAUCACAUCACCUGCUUGGUCGAGUGCAUGCCGUAUUGUGACGGAAAACCUCGAAAGACACUUGAUACUUGCAAUUUCUUAACCGCCUCGCGAGACAAGACUUUCGUCUCUCGGGACGAGUCUUUCGUUCCUCGAUUUCGCGAGAUGGUGAUAACUUACUUUUCAGGUUUACACAGUACUAGGGGAAGGAGCGGCUGUACACGGCUGCAACUACAGCGUAAGCAAAUGUUGAAACGAUAGUCCACUGGAAGAAUAAAUUGACUUAAAAGGAGGGCGGUAACCGGCACUCUCAAGGUAGCUGUCGUAAAUUUAAAGAUGGUAAAAAACAUAAAACUGUGCAUGAGGUGCUCUUUCCUGAAAGUUCGUUUGUUACAUUUUUUUUUUAGCCUCAAAGGUAUGGGCAUAGCCUCCAGCCAUUUGUCAUUGUAUGUACAUGUAUGUAGCCACUUUCAGUCAAGAAAAUGGUUGAAGGAAUUUUAUAUUUCACACUUUUGAUCAAAUAUCUUCUUUUACCUUCUUCUCCAAGCGUUACAAUUAUAAUGAUGAUGAUGAUGAUGAUGAUGAUUGUUAUUAUUAGUUAUAGUUAUUUUUAGUAUAUACUGAAACAGUGGAUAGUGUUUUUCGCGCGCUCUGAUUGGCUACUCAAUCAGUGAAUAUCCUGCACUAUUCACUGAUUCACCUCCAGUUCCUCCGAGCGAGCGACGCCAAACUCGCGUAAGUUGCGAGCAAAAUGCCUUCCUGGUUUGCUGCCGUAAACAAACAAAGAAAUUUCACAACUAAUCAAGCAAGCUGUUUCCGAAAUACACGAAGAAGGUGACGAAGUUCGGAUUGGAAGUUUUAACAGGUAAAGCUUUGUCUUUUUGAUACGAAUUUAUCGAUAAAACCGGUGAAAAAGUUUUUGUUUACAAAUGCAAAUUAAGUUUAAGUCUUGCUUGCUUUAUUUAGUUGAGUUGCUCAUAAAAAAGCUUAAAACUAAAUUUAAUAAUAUUUUUUUAUAGAAUGAUUUUAAAUACGAAAAGAAUUCACAACUCCUUUUGAAGAAAUUUCCCCGCAAGAGCUAAACAAAUGCCUUCAAAAGUUUUAAUUCUCGGCAAGAAAAAGCGACGGCCGCAGCAGCCCGGUCAUUAUGCGCCAAAAUUGUAAUCGUUGGCAACAGUAUUUGAGUUAAAAAUCGUCAUUUUUGUGCUCAAUUAUCUCACUGUUUUAGUAUAUACUACAACAAUUAUUCACCUCAGUGUCGGUGGCUAGUCGUGGAUAUUUACCUCACUGCUUCGCAGUUCGGUAAAUAACCAGGACUAGCCACCUCCACUUCGGUGAAUAAUUGUUAUUUACUUUCAUUAUCUUUGCUAUUAUCAUUAUUAUGCAUUGAUCGAAAGCUGCGGUUGAUUGACAAUUUCAGCAAGUCCUGUCAACGCGCUGUGUUGUGUACCGAGCAAUGUGCCAGUAUUUAGAUGACUCAAUCAAACAAGAUUGCGAAGGCAAAACAAAGAAUGAGUGGAAAAUCAUUGAAGUCGGUGCAGGUACGGGACUGUUAGGUCUGGAACUUCAUGAGCUUGGCUACAAUGUACUGGACGCGUUGGAUAUUUCAGCUGAAAUGUUAAACGAAGCAAAAAAGAAAAACGUCUACAAAAAGUUCAUCUGCGCCUCGUUGAGUGAUCAGCGGAUUCCUGAAAUAGACACUGGGGAAUAUGAUGCUCUGAUUUGCGUUGGUACACUGUUUAGGGGACACGCUCGCUCCUCUGCGUUUUUGGAAAUGAUCAGAAUGGUUAGGAUCGGUAAGACCUAU